CUGGCUUGACUGCAUCACUCCAGUGCAUUACUUCCUGCAGUGUCUGGACAAAAAGACCAAAUUACAAGACCAAAUUAUGGACCAAAUCUGCCAAAAUCUGCCACGUUUUCCAAACUUUGUUUACAACUUUUGUUGUUUUCUAUUUCAAAAUGAGCGCUGUAACGUUACACACGACAAACUUUCCUCUCUAUACAGUGAAUGUAUUGGACAAAGAUCAUUUUGUUGUUGCAGGAGGCGGUGGAUCGGCAAAAACUGGCGUUCCAAACGCUUUGGUAUGAUGGCUGAUAUUUCUAUAGCUAAUAGUUCUUCAUCUUGAGUCCUUCACUUCUUGAUAUUCGAGACUUGCAUGAUGCAUCAAUAGAUCCCUUGCAUUGUUUACGUUUUUUGCCCGGCGAAGUAUUUUAAAAGCUCCCAAGAGAGCUUUGUUAUUGUGAUAUGCAUUGUUGAAUCACAAUGGAGCAUGUAAUCUUUUGUAUAUAUAAUCAGAAUUAAUUUUGUCAGCAAAAUGUAAACAAAACAAAUGGUCUAUAUGCUAGUUCAUUAUAUUCGAGCCUCGCAUCAAUACCGGCUUCCGGAAAGUAUGUCACUUUGACUAUAGAGCCUUGGUUUUGUGAUUGAGACGUUAAGUUAAUGUCACAACUACAUACAUGAAAACGAGGCUCUGAGUGGCCACCUUCCCCAAUGGUUUUGAGUGUAAAGUCAUACUUCAAAAGGAAAAUAUUAAUUGAAUCUUUAUAUAAUCCUGCUAUAGCAAGUAUUUGAACUCGAAUAUAAUGAUAAGGAAAUAAAAGCGAAGAAAGUUCACGAACAUGAUUCGGAAAGGAAAGCGAUUAUGAAUUGUGCUGCACAUCCGAAGGAGAAGUCACUGGCAGUUGGCAAAGAGAAUGAGUGUCAUUUGCUCUUGGUCGACAUCAAGAAAAAAACACAAUCAAAAACUGAUAAAAAGAAAAAGGAAAAUGACACUACCGGGGGAGAAUAUAAGGUGUCGACACUUUGUUCCGAAGUGACGGUGAAAUGCGAUGAUGAAGAUGAUGAUGGUGAUUUUCAGAAAGUAGUUCGGUUUACGAGAGAUGGGGAGCAUAUUGUUACUGGAGGUUCAAAUGGAUAUGUUUGUAUACUGAAGGUGAAAAUUUGAAAAUUAACCCUCUAAGUGGCAAUGCUCCCUACUUUAGUAUUUACUCUGUCUAAUGCCAGACGAUUUUUUACUCAUCAUGGGGUUCGAUCGAGAGUGCCACCAUUCAUUCGGUUUAUUGAACUAACUGUAUUUAUCACUGCCAUCCCAUUAAGUGUCAGCCCUCUCACUUGGUGACCGCCCGUAGCAAGAAGGGAGCGCUUGAGAAAGACGGAAGCGAGCGACUUGUGUCACUUGCCUGAUUUUGAAUCUUACUGAAAAGUUUGGCGCGAAAAUCAAUAAUGACAUAGUGGGCGUUCACCAUGUCGAUUUCACUAGUUCAUUAUUGUUUUGUUCAUAAUAAUAAUGAGCAUUCACUGACAUCACCGGAGCAAAAAUGCACCGGUGAAUUUGGUGCGCUUGCGGGUGACAAAAGUCCGUCGCUUCCAGGAACCACGAACCGCGGACUUUGAAAAGUCUAAGUUUGAUUUUAAAACCCAUUGAACACCAGUGCUCUCUCCUUAACAAGUGAAAUCGUCUGGCAUUAGACAGAGUAAAAUAGUAAAGAGAGGCACAUCAGGGGUACAUUAUUUGCCACUUAAAGUACCAAACUACUUACUGUUCUUCAGCUAGGGGUCCAAUAAUCUCAUUUUUUAUUGGACCAAUGUUAUUAAAAAGAGCCCAAGAUUUGAUGACGUAAUUGUUGAGGCCUGUCGCUACUAAUAAUUGCCCCUUUUGGAUUUUCAGCUCUGUUUUUUAUGCAUUUGUCACUAUACUUCUUACAGUAUCCCACGUUAAAAUGUCUUCAUAAUUUCAAAGCUCACGAGACAGAUGUCGAUGAUCUCGAUAUACAUCCAAAUGGGAAAAGAGUAAGUUAAACCGAUUUUCUUUAUUAAUACACUUACUAAUAAGCAAACUUUUCAGCUUGCCCGGUGUCGACACACUCAGAGACAACAUCGCCGACAAUUAUUAACCAACAUUGAAAUUUCAGUUUGCAUUGAUCGUAACAUUAUUAAAAGAUUAAUUAAUUGAUAAUAUUGCACAAUUAUAUUAUAACAAACAGUUUGUGACAGUGUCAAGAGAUACAAAAGCCUAUGUUUGGAAAUUGGACGAAGGAAAACGAGAAUUCGAAUUAUUUUAUACUGGACCUGAUGGCAAUGACAGUGAAGAUGCUUUCAGAAUAAGAGCGUGCAGGUACAGUAGAAUACAAAUAUUGUUCAAUAUCAAAAUUGUAUUAGUUUACCCAUUAUUUAAUGCACAAGACUCUCCCCUUGACUAGAGUAAAAUAGUCUGACGUUAGACAGAGUAAUGAGCUUGAGAACUAAUAUAUAAUUUAUGUAUCUCUCUAUAUAGAUUUUUGACAAGUGAAAAAGGUGAAAUAUUCUUGUACACAAUUCAAGUUCCAUCAAAAUUUGAUCGUCAUAAGCCGUUACCGUCGCUCAUUGUGAAAUGGGAUUGUUCUAAAUGGGUUCCGCAGCUCAGCCGUGUGGCCGGACUUGAACCGCUGACACAGAUGGCUGUGAGGUAGGCUGGAAACAUGGCAGAAAGCUUUUAUUUAUUUCAGAAAGCUUUUAUUUAUUUGUAAUUGCUGGGUACUUUAAGCAAAAAUUGCAAAGUCUAUACUAAAUACCUAAUUAAAAUAAUAUAUAACUCUGUUAUAACAACAAAAUAUGGAUAGUACACUUUCUGUUAAUUUAAGAUCAAGGUAUUAAUUUUGGUUUCAGUGAUGACGGUCAAUAUGUGGGGGUUGGUACAGCUUCUGGAUCUAUUGCUGUUUAUAUCUCUUGGAACUUAGCGGUAAGAUUUUAAAGUUCACAUGCCCUACUGUAGUUCUCAGAGGCAUUACAUGUUACAGUACGUGCAGACGAUAUCAGACUUGUUGGAACAACUUGUUGUGAGUCUGUUGGUCUCAUCAACCUUGUUACAAGAUGAUAACAUCUUGUUCCAGACUUGUCAACAACUGGGAACAAGCAGUGCGAACACAUCUUGAAAAAAAAUCUUGUUGUUGGCAAGCUGUGAUUUUUACGCGUGUAGAUCGCGUGAUUCUAGGUAGUUCGGCUGGAUUAAUUCGUCUUCUUGACAGCGGAUUUUAAUUUAUAUAUCUGUACAGGCAGUACAGCACAUUGCAAUAACUCUCUUAUUUCUUAUUUUCAGCCUCUAGUUUCAAUCUCCGAAGUUCAUAACAUAUUCGUGACUGGCCUGGCAUUCCUGCCUCCCUCACAAUCGCUGGAGCAAGCGAAUAAAGAAUUUGGAUUGCUCACGAUAUCAGCGGAUAACACGUGUAAACUCGUUACCUUAGCUAACAGGAGUAAGUCACCUUGUAUUUCUCAUGACAGUGAAGUACACACGCAAGAACUUCGCAACUCGUCGACAAGAUGUGUUCGCAACAGGCUUGUAGCAAGCUUGUCAACAAGUUGUAACAAUGUUGUUAUUUUAUCAAGUUGCUACAAGGUUGUCACUCACAACGUGUUGACAAAUUGAUGAAUUGCAGGACGAUAACAAGUUGUUGGAACAACCUGUAACAUUUUAUCAGAUAUGUGUAUUCACUGUGAAAAACAACUUGGUUAAAACCACCAACAAAAUUGCUUGUCUCAGAUUAGCAAAAACUUUGUUUAAAAAUCUUUAUUGAAACACGCUGACAACUUAAGCUGCUUUCCACAAGGGGCUUUCACUAAGCUACAUUGUCUGUUGAUUUAUUUACAACAUGCGUUAUUUUACUGUUGUAACAAAAGUGUCAGCAUAGCAAUUUUAUUUUCAAAACAAGAGAAAGAUUUGCUUUCUCUUAUUUCUUUUGGUAUGAUAUGCCUCGAAGUUCAUAGCUUGUUAUUUCCGUUUUAUGAGUGAAAAGAUCUGUCAAUGAUUUGGCUCCCAUUUUAAUUAAUUUAGUUUAAUCGAUUUCUACAACAUAACAAGUUUUACAAGAAAAAAAUAAGAACACAAAGAGACAAAGUUGUAAAAUUGCCAAUAUUGUAGUAAGGAAAGACCAGAAAGGAAUAUGAAUUUCCAUCUAAGGAAAUAAAGAAAGAAGAAAUGAAAGAAAAGAAGAAGUCAAACAUUAAAGAGUAAAUUUAAAAAGUACAAUAUUAGUUCUGCCCAACGUCUGAGUUCCCCAAUACAUGUGUUCUUUACAAGCUCUUGUAAACGCAGUUGAAGAGAAACCAGAAGUUCUGAAGUCUUUCGGCAGUUUACUCUAAAUGUAAGGUAUUCUAUUGAAAUACGUCGAUUUGAAAAGUUCUGUUCUACAUUUUCCUAAUUUCAGUUUACCCUGGGAAUAAGUAAUCUGUCGUCAGAACAGAAUUUUAUUUGGAAGCUUAAACAUUAUUUUUGCUUUAAUUUGCUUUGCCCCUUUCUAUUCGUUUGGUAAAAAACAACCUGAACUUCAAAAUGAAUCUGAAACGGCUAAUUUGUUUGUUGUUUUUUAUUCAGUAACCAAGUUGUUUUUUACAGUGUGUUGUUUUUUAGCCGUGCAAAACUUCCCGUUGUUUGUGAAACGGAAAAUUCCCACACACUUGGCAAUUAGUGAAAGCGAUAGUCCCUCUAUUUUCCUAGUUUCGUUUCCGCCCCUUUCCGCCAGUUUUCCGGGAAACUAAAGAAGAAAACAGAGGCACGGAAUAAAGACAAACAGAAGAUCGACUUCUUGGUUUUUCCUAUGAUUUUGGCGUAACCGUAAUUUGUCAUCAAAAUGCUGACGGCAUGGUCCCAGCCAGCGCGCUUAUGAAAGGCAUUCACCCCCCUGAUAAUAUUUAAAAUGGUGGACGUCCAGGGGGUGAAUGCCUCUCACCAUGGCGUCAGCAUUUUGAUGACGAAUCAUUGCAAAUCAUGACGAGGCAGUGGUUACGCUUUCAUAACCAAGUCAUAAGUCAUUUUGUCCGAGUCCAAGUGAAGUCACAAGUUAACAAAUCAAGUUCCAAAAAUCCAAGUCGCAUGACUCGAAGCUUUAAUAUUAAUCUUUAAACUGUAAUUUUUAAUUACUAAAGUUUAAUCUGGAUGAUACCAAUAAACGCACAUUUUUAGCCAAAUGCCUAAAAAAUCACCAACCCGUCGAUAGCGCUAUCUGGCCUUUCUAUACGACUCCCAGGGUUGUAUUGCGUCGUUCCGCACAUGAGAUUACUGUGUCAUCAUUGGAGCACGCUGACACAAAUACCUUUUUUCAUUUGUUUAGGAGAAUUUGGAAUCUGGUGGUUGCUGAUUGGAUCUGUACUGCUACUGUACUUCACGUUUUUAGCGCUGAGCUAUUUUGGGUUUGAUUUGUAACGAUUCAUUGGAUACGAACAGAGCAUUGGCGAAGGAUAUAGGAUUAUAGCUCUGACAGCAUGCGUGGUUUUGUCCAAACGAGUUUUAGUAUCGUGGGUAUUGUCGAAUGGCAGUUAUCCAAGUGGAAAAAUAGUGAAAAUUCUUUUCAUAUUUACUGUAUUUAGAGAUAAAUGAACGGAAUGAGGAGAUGAUGGUGUUAGCUACAGUAAUACACACUAACGAUGCCACAAUGUGCGUCAAGCUUUUAAGCUGUGAAAAAUUUUUUCUCAGUAAUUAAAUUAGUGUAGAUAAGAAAUUAUUAAUUCGAAUUUAUUAACAAAAGUAACAGGGACCAGCAAACAGAGAAUAGAGCUUUAAGAAAUUCAUUAAAUAUGUCAUUAUUUAACAUAUUUUAAUUCUAUGAGUAACUAUAUGCUUGUUCCAGUUUACAGGGUCGAUCGAUGGAAUGCUUAAAUAUUAGUCAAAUCCGAUCGAUGGAAUACUUAAAUAUAGUAUUACAUUGUGUUACAUAGCGUCGGGGACGUCGCGAAGGCAUCAACAUUGGGGGAGGGGGGUAUCGUCAUAUUUUCACCAACCUUUCCUAGAAUUUUGACCAAGUCGUAGAAAUAACAUAACCAAAGCUUAGAAACUGUUAAAAUUGCGAACGAUUUCAUAACUUUGAGCAAAUUUGGCCAUCUUUUAUCUCGGACUUUGACCAAAUUUUACCAAUUUUUGACCUUCAAUUUUAAGCACAUAUUUUCCAUUUUGACCAACUUUUACCAACAUUCACACACCCCUCCAGUAGCGACGUCCCUGCAUAGCGUUACACACUAUUACACAAUGUUACAUGGUGUACCACACUGUUACAUAUACGGGUAAAAAUCUCGCAGCUUGACAAAUCUGGAACAAGUUGUUAUCGUGAUGUAACAAGGUUGAUGAGGCCAGCAGACUCGCAACAAGUUUUUCCAACAAGUCUGAUAUCGUCUGCACGUAACAAGUUGAUGACAACAAGCUCGUAGCAACUUGUUACGAACACCCUGUAUUGGUCUUGUUGGUCUUGUUGGAACAGCUUGUAGCAAGUCUGUUACCGUCAUCAACCUUGUAACAAGGCGAUAACAACUUGUUCCAGACUUGUCACAACAACUGGGAACAAGCAGUGCGAACACAUCCUCACAUCGGCUUGACAACAACUUUGUUACAACUUGUUUGCAGAUGGUAUAACACAUGGUUAUACAUAAUGAACAGUGUUAAAAUAGUUGUAUGCAUGGUGUUACACACUUUCACGUAAGCCUGAUUUCCGAUCCAUUGCGAGUGACCGUGGAACGUGUGUGUGU